CAUAAAUCCUAGAUGCUGAUUGGUUUAGAGACGCCCAAUCCCUGUCUUUAUGUUUAUUUACAGACCCUCCAAACCUAUCUGGAAGUUUACAUAGAUGCUAGGAAAGUCCAUUUUUGUUACUUUGCUUCUCAAAUAUCCUACCCCGCGUGUCUGUAUCGACGUUGAAUUCCAGACACUUAAGAUUUCUGUUCACCGGUGACUAGUGACAGAAGGAAAGGAAUUAAGAUCAAUCAAAAAUGAAUUGUUUUCAUUUAGAUGACUUCCUUGCAGGGUGGAUUGGAGGAGCUUCCAGUGUUAUUGUUGGUCAUCCGCUGGACACAGUCAAGACCCGUUUACAAGCUGGGAAAGGAUACAAGAACACCCUUCACUGUGUCCUCCAAAUCUACAGAAAGGAAACUGUGGCUGGCUUCUUCAAGGGUCUCUCCUUCCCGCUGGCCAGCAUCACCGUGUAUAACUCAGUGGUGUUUGGGUUCUUCAACAACACACAGAGGGUUAUUAGCAAGUUCCGCCAUGGUGACGAGAGGCAGCCGUGUGGCAUGCUGGACAUGACCCUGGCCAGCAUGUUGACAGGGCUGAUGUCAGUGGGACUCGGAGCGCCGGUCGACCUGGUUAAGAUCAGACUACAGAUGCAGACUCUGCCCUGUCUAGCAGAGAACCUGUCCCUCGCCGGGACGACCGGAAACGGGAACGGUAACAUCGCCGUGCGCUCCGUGACUCUCCAGGGCCAGCCGACCUACAGAGGGCCCAUCCACUGCAUCAGCUCCAUACUGCGGACUGAGGGGAUCCGGGGGCUUUACAGAGGAGCCGGGGCCAUGGUCCUGAGAGACGUCCCUGGGUACACGUUGUACUUCAUCCCCUACGCGUUGUUCCGUCGCUGGCUAUCCUCUGAAGGGAGGUCAUCACCUCAUCCCUGUUCUAUAUGGGUGUCUGGAGGACUGGCAGGUUCUAUCUCGUGGGUCACGGCUACUCCAGCUGACGUGGUUCUGUCUACAGGUUCUACUCCUGCUGACGUGUUUCUGUCUACAGGUUCUAUCUCGUGGGUCACUGCUACUCCAGCUGACCGGUUUCUGUCUACAGGUUCUACUCCUGCUGACGUGUUUCUGUCUACAGGUUCUAUCUCGUGGGUCACUGCUACUCCAGCUGACCGGUUUCUGUCUACAGGUUCUACUCCUGCUGACGUGUUUCUGUCUACAGGUUCUAUCUCGUGGGUCACUGCUACUCCAGCUGACCGGUUUCUGUCUACAGGUUCUACUCCUGCUGACGUGUUUCUGUCUACAGGUUCUAUCUCGUGGGUCACUGCUACUCCAGCUGACCGGUUUCUGUCUACAGGUUCUACUCCUGCUGACGUGUUUCUGUCUACAGGUUCUAUCUCGUGGGUCACUGCUACUCCAGCUGACCGGUUUCUGUCUACAGGUUCUACUCCUGCUGACGUGUUUCUGUCUACAGGUUCUAUCUCGUGGGUCACUGCUACUCCAGCUGACGUGGUUCUGUCUACAGGUUCUACUCCUGCUGACGUGUUUCUGUCUACAGGUUCUAUCUCGUGGGUCACUGCUACUCCAGCUGACGUGGUUCUGUCUACAGGUUCUACUCCUGCUGACGUGUUUCUGUCUACAGGUUCUAUCUCGUGGGUCACUGCUACUCCAGCUGACGUGGUUCUGUCUACAGGUUCUACUCCUGCUGACGUGUUUCUGUCUACAGGUUCUAUCUCGUGGGUCACUGCUACUCCAGCUGACGUGGUUCUGUCUACAGGUUCUACUCCUGCUGACGUGUUUCUGUCUACAGGUUCUAUCUCGUGGGUCACUGCUACUCCAGCUGACCGGUUUCUGUCUACAGGUUCUACUCCUGCUGACGUGUUUCUGUCUACAGGUUCUAUCUCGUGGGUCACUGCUACUCCAGCUGACGUGGUUCUGUCUACAGGUUCUACUCCUGCUGACGUGUUUCUGUCUACAGGUUCUAUCUCGUGGGUCACUGCUACUCCAGCUGACCGGUUUCUGUCUACAGGUUCUACUCCUGCUGACGUGUUUCUGUCUACAGGUUCUAUCUCGUGGGUCACUGCUACUCCAGCUGACCGGUUUCUGUCUACAGGUUCUACUCCUGCUGACGUGUUUCUGUCUACAGGUUCUAUCUCGUGGGUCACUGCUACUCCAGCUGACCGGUUUCUGUCUACAGGUUCUACUCCUGCUGACGUGUUUCUGUCUACAGGUUCUAUCUCGUGGGUCACGGCUACUCCAGCUGACGUGGUUCUGUCUACAGGUUCUACUCCAGCUGACGUGUUUCUGUCUCCAGGUUCUAUCUCGUGGGUCACUGCUACUCCAGCUGACGUGGUUCUGUCUACAGGUUCUACUCCAGCUGACGUGUUUCUGUCUCCAGGUUCUAUCUCGUGGGUCACGGCUACUCCAGCUGACGUGGUUCUGUCUACAGGUUCUACUCCAGCUGACGUGUUUCUGUCUACAGGUUCUAUCUCGUGGGUCACGGCUACUCCAGCUGACGUGGUUCUGUCUACAGGUUCUAUCUCGUGGGUCACGGCUACUCCAGCUGACGUGGUUCUGUCUACAGGUUCUACUCCAGCUGACGUGGUUCUGUCUACAGGUUCUACUCCAGCUGACGUGGUUCUGUCCACAGGUUCUAUCUCGUGGGUCACGGCUACUCCAGCUGACGUGGUGAAGAGCAGACUACAGGCUGACGCUCUCCACGCUAGGAAAUACAGAGGGAUUGUCCACUGCAUCGUCCAGAGCUACAAGACCGAGGGGAUACAUGUCUUCUUCCGUGGAGCCUCAGUGAACGCUAUCCGAGGCUUCCCAAUGAGUGCCACCAUGUUUCUGGGCUAUGAACUCUCUCUGCAGUUCUUCAGGGGUCUCUAGUGUCUACACCAGGAAUAUGAUACAGUGCAGUAUGUCCACUGAAUGACACGUUAUCUUGACAGCUAUCCGCUUGUCCUUGAACGCCCCCCCAAAUUCUUUCACCUGGAAGAUCAUUUAAAUCCUUGCAAAAAGAAAGUGGGGAGCAACUUGACUUGACAUUUUCUAGUUGAGAAUUAUCUCCACUAUUGUCAUAAUACAAUGUAUUUGUAAAGUGUAAAUACACAUUUCUUAUGUUAAGAAAAUAUCUUAUUAAAAGUGCCAUACAUGAAUUCACAAAUGCAUACAUUUUAAAUAUGUUGUGCUAUAAUAUAGAGUAGCAUAUGCAAUAUAGCAUAUGCAAAUAUGUCCCCUUUUGUUUUGAGAGCAUAUAUUCAGUUUUACUGGUAUAGGAUCUUCUGUGGAUGGUCUUAAACUGCAUUAAUUUGUCUGAGAUUAUGUAUGUUUCAUGUUUUUAGCUGUACUGCAUAAAUUAACUAGUUAUUAGUACCCAACAGUUAACCAGUUCUAACCUCAGUAAUGAGGCGCACAUUAAUCAAUAUAGUAUAUGUUGGUUCCAGGCUUUUAAGUUGUAUUUUUUUUAAGUGUUUUUAUCUUUGUAAAUAAGUAUAAGAUAAAUUAAAUGUAAUUCCACAAGGAGGUGUAGUUUUUUUGUUUUUUUUUGUGCAUAAUUUGUAUUUAAAGUUAUUUUAAUGUGAGUUUAUUUGGAAUUCUUGUUUAGACUGUUUCUGGAACAGUUUUUACUUGGAAAACCUAAUAAACGUAUUGUUAAAAUC